AUGGAGGUUGAAAUCCCCCGCGACUUUCUGAUGGACGCGGACGACCAAGUCCAGAGUCCGCUUUUCCGGCUGCCGCUAGAAGUUCGGCGUACCAUAUACGAACUUGCAUUCAGAGAGCAGGCCAUUGACGACGGCAACUAUGUCAAAGGCAUCAAUGAUGAAAGUUUCAUAGUGGAUGAGUGUCAAGAUCAGCAAGACUCUGUUCACAAUGCUCAAGAAUUCCGAACGUUACACAAUUGGAUUCGCCCGGGUUGUACUACUCGGUUGAAAUCAGAGACAGCCCUGCUCAGGACCUGCCAAUUAGCGUACAUGGAAGCGUCUUCGCUCCUCGUAUCUACAAUGGAACUUAAAUGUUAUCAAGGCUAUGGUCCUCGAGUCAGACCAUCCCGAUAUCUCAAGCGCUUAACCGAUGCGCAGCGUUCAGACGUGCAUCGUCUCCAUUUGUUCACUCAAGUACGAGACUUCGACCGUAAUGGUGCUUGGCUUCGACAGCAGCUCGAGCCAGUUGCGAAAAGUCUCCAACACCUCACCAUCACUCUACGUGAUCUAGGGGGCGCGCCGGGAACCCCCAUGCUUCUCAAUCCCUACCAAUCGGGGGUGGCCAACAGUCAAGCCAUGGCCCAGUACAUGAAAAAGACGGAGAGGGGCGAAGAAUUGAGCAUUCCACCAGCCAGCUGGGCCAGCAGCUUCGCGUUUUUUCCAGCUCUGAAAACUCUCACAAUGGAGUUAGAAGACGAAGAGGGGAGGAAGAUUGAACUGGAAUCACUUGCCCAGUGGGCAACAACUUGGAAGUUCCCGCUUGGGGGUAACCAGUUCAUGAGCUCAAAGACAGCCCCCUCGAGUCGGGCAUGGCGGCGCCCUCGGCCACAAUAUGAUGAAGAACUCUACGGUUCCUAUAAACCCCAUCCCCGGAUAAUCACCUGGACAAUUCGAUGGGACGCGCCGCCUAUUAGGACCGUUGCUAAUGAUGCCGCGAGCCAGGAGGAAACAAUGGCAACAGCCACGGAGACUGAUGACGAGCCCCUUCUCCAACGUCCAGCCUACGAUCCACGCUUAGGGGGGCUUAACUCAAUCUUUGCGCAUGCAGAUGAGUCAAGUCUUCGCCAAUUGGCAGAGUGGGGAGUCAUAUAA